ACGACUUGUUUUGGUCGCAUCCUCCAAGGAGGGGGCGACGCAUUUCUCGGUCUCAGUUAAGCGAAGUCGCAGAAUCGCGUUCCUGGCGUCGCUUUUGCUCGAUAAUUCCCUGAAGAUAAUCCUCGCGGAAGCUCUCUGCGAGCGCGGCGGAGGAGAAGAGUGAACGGCGUUUCGUCAUCGUGCGUCUUUCUCACGUUCUACAUAUAUGGCUUUGUGACAGUUGCGGGCCUCGCGCGCGAGUCGCACCCCGGAAAGAAAAAAAAACAUGGUCCAGCCACGCGCCUCCUCGUCGAGCAUCCUCUACCUCCUGAUCGCGAUCGCGCAUCUGUGCUCGUGUACACGUCACGAUAAUUACAACGAUUAUGCUCUCGAGAAUGACAAGAUCUGUCAUCCGCUGAACAAGAGGCACCAGCAUGAUCUGCGGAAUGGUACCGCGGCGAUUGUCUCGGCCCGUCACAUGUUCGAUCGCUGGGUCGUGAAGAACAAUCAGACCUGCACGUUCACCUUCAAGACCGCGAGAGGCGAGGGUCUCUUUGCGGUCAUCCAAAAUGUUUUUCGACGUGACGGCAAUCGUUGUUUGGAUUAUGUGCGGUUUAAGAGAAGCGAUGGUCAUUAUACAGGCAAGUUCUGUGGAGAGAUAGACCGCCAGGCAACGUACUUUCCAGUUACUGAAUUUGAAGAAAAUUCACAUAAUAUGGAUGAUACCCUGCACGACGAAUAUGCCGAAUUUGAUCCCAUUAAGAAGCUGAAAGUGCUUUCAAUGGAAAUUAGUACAACAGAAUUGGAAACUGAGAUAUUCAUCUCCAAGGAGAAAGUAGCGGAUGGAGAAUAUCUGGAUCUGAGUAUAGUUUACACUCCAUACAGAAAUUGCAAGAAAGUGGAUUUUACGCGAUACAAACCGGUCGGACGUGACAUUUGCAUUCGGAAGGAAUACCUGUGCGAUAUGAUUUACAAUUGUCCGCUUGGUAUUUGUUCGGACGAGGUCAAUUGCUCAUACAUCACCGAUCGGUUUCCCAGAGACGAUACUGCCACGAAAGUCACUGUAGGAGCGGUCACCACUAUAAUCCUCUGUCUCAUCAUUUUCCUCAUGUGUCUGUGGAUCUGCAAGAAAUCUGGUAAGUUAUGCUGGUCAUCAGAUUGCGCCGGUCCACAAGUGUGUUCACGACCUGGUUCCUUACCGGAUGCGGACGGAGGUCUGGGAUCCAAUCGCGGAGUCCCCACGGCUCCUAUGCUAGAGGUUGCGGUAUCUUCUCCCCUCGCAAACAAGGAUCUGCCUCCCAGUUACGACUCGUUAUUCCCUGAACAGAGCAAUCCUGCCAGAUCGUAAGUUGUUGAAUCUGAUUAGAGUUAAAGCGCGUUCAACACGUCGUCUAAUGUUUUAAUUAGACGCUGUGUUACGUGUAUGACGUAACAAGGCCGUCCUUUUCCCCACAUGCAUCUGUUCCACAAGUGUGAACAAAAUUCUGUUAAAAAUAAGACCUUCAUCAAGAAAAAAAGAAAAAAUUAAUGUGAAUGCAGCAUCAAUUUUGAUCAUGUGCCAACACGAGCUGAAAGAUAUAAACAGCUUUAGAAUGUUAUUGAUAUAAUAGACGACUCAUAAAAUCGAGAGACAUGGAGUUGUAAUAAAUAUACAUAUAUAAUAUAGAUACUAUUCUUUAGCAACGAAUUUUUUUUCUUGAACGAAUUCUCAUUUUAUGUUCCUCCUUUCUAGUUUGUGAAUAAGAAAGCCUUUAAAAAUCAACUAAUAUUUUUCAUACAUCAAUUUUGAUAAAUUUAAUCAAUGCAAUCAAUCGUCGCACAAUCGAAGCAUUAAUCCUCUAUUAUCUAUAUAGUUAUGUCACUGCACGUCACAGUACUAUCAUACUAACGUCACGUUUGUUCCUUGUAUGAUUAAUGAUUACAAGGAAUGCACAGUUAAUAUCUAACUCGGUUGUUUUUUUUAUGUAUAGCUUUAAGUUUCAGUUUGGUAUUAUUUAAUAAAUAUUAAAAUGUAUAUUGCAAGAAAUUUGUUCAUCAAUCAAAGAAGGAACAUAGACCAUGAAAAUGGUUUUUGAUAUUUAACAAAAUAUAAUUACGAUUUUUCUUAAAUCAAAAUAUUCAAUGCAGUAUUUUUUUAAAUAUGUUAAUAAAAUUUGAAGUUAUUUCUUAUUGAUAUUAACUUUUCUCAUUUAAAUUGUAUACUGUAUACUAUUGUAUUCUUAUUAAUAUUAGACAAGAAAAAUGAAUUGUAACUACUUCGAAGAAAAAAAACUUUAAGAGGAUCUAUUGUGUUCAUAUAGACAUUCACAAAACAAAUAAUAUAUGAACUUGCUGUAUUGUAGCAUAUUUUUUGAUAAAUGAUAUAUCUUAUUUAGGUAUGCGCGGAGAUAUGUUUAUAACAACUUUUGUAUCUAUAAAAGUGUAAAAAUUUUAUAACAAUUAUACAGACCCUAGACGUGUGCGUGUAUAUUUUUGAGAUUGAAUAUUAUAUAAGCUUCUUUAUAAAAUGUACGUAACAAUUUAUUGUGUAAAUAUCCAAUUUGUGAUAAUAAAGACUUAUAGAUCUAUACUUUAUAAAUAUAUAUACUUAUAGAUAUAGAUAUAUAUGUAUAAACAUAUAAAAAAAUGUUGGCCGAUGAAGAUUUAUUUCUCGUCUUUGAAUUCUGUAUGCACAGAUAUAUGCUCGAGUAACCAUAAACAAUCAUUAAUGAUGUGAUCAAUCUCAGCUGGUCCAGUUACUAAUGAAUGAUUGUCAUCAUAUACAAGCAUUCUGCAAUGUGUCAAUUUUUCGAUAACGCAAUGCACAAUUUUCAGUCCAUUGUACUUAAAUAAAGGUAUCAACUUA